AUGUCGGCUUCAGGUGGCCUGGGCUUGACAGCUAGUUACUUGCAAACUUAUCUGUCGUCCCAAAUACAGGACUCCGUGGCGGAGACACGAAUUCCAGACACUGGGCCCCCCGGGUCCUCGUCGCUGCGCCUCGCGCCCGCAGGGGGCUCGGGCGGCGGAACCGAGGAGGCGGAGCGCCGCGCAACAGCUCGGCGGGGCGCGUGUGCGCGGCGUCGGGCCGGGAGCCUCGGCAUGGAGGCGGUGAGUGACCCCGAGAGGCCUGGGCACCCGUUUAGCCCACGCCUCCGCUCCGCAGUUCAUCGGGAGCUGGAGGGUGUGCGGUCCGUCGGGCUCAGGGUGCAGAGCUUUGCGAGUUCGUCCGGAGACCUGGCGCGAGUUACAGCCGGGGCCGCCGAGGACGAGCCCUUCGGGGGCCCUUUGAGCGCUCCAACCUCCGAAUAUUACUAUAAAAUAAGUGUUCUUGGGGAAAAAAUAAUUUGCAAACUAUCCACUUUGCAGCUUCAAUCACUUAUCAUUGGUACAUUCCAUGAUAAUGGAUUUCAGAAAAUACAAGAAUAUUUUCAACAGAAAGGAGGCCACAUUCCUCAAAAAUAUAAUCGUCUUGUGUUGUACCAUCUUGACACAUCAAUAAGUGAGGAACUGGAUAAAAGUGAAUUUGAGCAUGUUUCACUGUACCUGAAAUGUAUUCAGCGGUUCUUCAUUGAUGGCCUUAAAGAAGAUGAGCCUCUGCUAAUUCAGCAGGGACUGAUUCCAAAGAUGGUUUUCUGGUUUGAAAGAACAACAGGAUUUCUGACCUCGGCAGAGCCAGCCUCAGACACGUCACUGACGCAAGUUAUAGAAGACUUCUUUGACACAGCAUUGAUUAUUUCCAGGAGGAGUAGGAGAGGUAAAAUUGAGAUGCUGGGUUCCUUCAUAUUUGCCUUAGGAUUUCUGGUGACAGAAAAGACUGUAAAGCAUGUGAUUCAACAGGAGGCUUUGAAGACCUUGAACGGCAUUUUGCAUGGUGUACCCCAGGAAGAGAGAAAACAAUUCCCUUUGUCAGAUGGCCCCUGUCAUCUAAUGAAAGACCUUGCAAGGACAAUCUUGACUGUGGGUGAUUAUGACCAGCAGGUUGCUCUUUCUGAAGCAUUGUGUAGAAUGACACUGAAAAAAUCAAGGGAUGACCUUGUCCACCAGUGGUUUGAAGAUGAUGUUAUCGCUGAAGCUUUCAAAGAAAUUAAGGAUCGAGAAUUUGAGACGGACAGUAGACUGUUUCUCAAUCACCUAAACAACAGACUUGGUGACAAAAGAAGGGUCUAUUCAUUUCCGUGUAUUGCUGCUUUUGCUGAUGAACAUGAGAUGAGAAAACCAGCAGAUGAAAAAUUAGAGAAAUUUUGGAUUGAUUUCAACCUAGGAAGUCAGAGUGUAACUUUUUAUAUUCACAGAGAUGAGAGUGCUCUGUGGGACUCAGUGAGACUUCUCAAGGAAGCGAUGGUUGCUUUCAGCAUCAUAGAAAUGGAAAAGAUGAACAUGCUCAUCAUUAACCUGAAGAAGCCUAUUGAUAUCAGCAACAAAGAAGUGAUGAAAAUAGAAAUCCAUUUUGAUUUGCAAUUCAACAUAUCACAAGCUUCCAUUAAAGCUUUAGGAGAAGACAAACAGAUGUUGCCUGACCAAGCAAACUCCUCAGAACUUCCUGGUAAAUUGAGGGAAGAAGACACUGAGCGUCCUAGCAGCCAUGAAAGAGAGACAGAGCUGGCAGAAGAAUCUACUCAUCUGGCAGAGUUAAUGAGUGCUGGAGAUGACCACUGCCAAAGACCUGUCCCCUCAAGUGACCAGGCAGAGCCUGCUGUUAGUUACAAGAAACACCUCUUCUCAGAGAGUAACGAAGAUUCAAGCACUAGUCCCAGUGAACAAUCUUGGACCAGUAACCAAAAGAGGAAAUCCCUAAAGCCAUAUCCUAGCAGAAAAAAGACAAGAGUCAGAAGUAGCCUACGAAUCUUGCCACUUUUCCCGGCCAGCAGUGGCAGUGACCGUGAGAAAGACCAAGCUAAACUUCAAACACCGCCAUGGAAAGAUACCUCCAGGCAGAAUAAUUCCAUACCUCCAGAACUUUCUGAAACAACAUUUCAGGGUAGUUCUGCCUUUUUAACGUCUAAAGAUUCUGCCCAGAAAACAGAACUGCAAAGCCCCGAGCCACUGAGCAAUCUCUCUUCGGUGGAGCCCUCAGAAGCUGACAAAAAUGUAUCUGAGACUUUGAACCAAGAGUCAUUGAUGAAAAGUACCAGCUUCAAACAUAAACUGCCGAAGUUGGAAGAUGGAGACAUAGCAGGUGAUAGUUAUGCGAAGUGGAAACAGUCAAAAUUGGAAGACGGUGAUGCUCCAGAAUCCCUUUCCUUGGUGACAGAAGAACCAGGCUUGGCAGAAGGCAUUUCUACUCCAUCUCUAGCCGUUGUGCCAGAGAACUCAAAUGCUUCUGCUGUUGUUACAACCUUUGAAAACUUCACAAGAGAACUGAAAAGAAAAUACGAGCUUAGGUACAGAAGGAGUACACUUUAUUCAAAACGUGCAGAGCAAGCCCCGGAUUGCCUAAUAAAACUUUUAAACCAGAUACAUCAGUGCAAACUGAAUAAACUAGAGCAGUUUCACAGUUUCGUUCUUCAAGAGCUUAAUAAUCUUGAGCAGGACAUUCAGGCUCUGAAACACCUUGAGGAGGAUGUUCUGGAAUUUUGGGGGAAACAGUCUGAUGAUCUGAAAUCAUUCUGUGAUCUGCAAGUGCUGAGCCUGAGUCUCCUGGAGAAGACGCAGCUGUCCCCGGACCCAGAGGCCCUGCUUUAG